CGAGAGGGAGAUUAAACCGGCGAGAAAGCAGGAACUUGCCGUAGCUGCUUUAAUUUUUGGUUGUGUUUCGUCCCCCGGCGCAUCAGAAAGCUGCUGAUCAUGAGGAGGAAAGUCAAGGUUUGGCGGGGAGGCUUGGUUCUCCAGCUUUGAACCACAAGUUGAACACUACGCUACAGGAGCGAUGCAUUUUCUAUAAAUAAACUCUUCCCUCCGCCUGAUGCUGGGUCUGUCCUGUGCCAUGGGCUUCAGGCCUCUUUGAAACAAGGGAUGGCUCUGUCUUGAGAGGAUCCGCCUAUGUGGGAGCGAGACAUUUAAAAACUGAACUUGAGAAGAGUUGGGGAAAUCAUGGAGGACUUUACCACCAGAACCUAUGGGACUGGAGGGCUGGACAACAGGCCGCUCUUUGGAGAGACUUCGCCAAGGGAUAGAAUAAUCAAUUUAGCUGUUGGCAGCGUAACUUCCUUGCUGCUUAUAGUCACUCUAAUCAGUGCUUUUUUCUUUCCUCAACUACCUCCAAAACCGGUGAAUAUAUUUUUUGCUUUCUGCAUCUCCUUGUGUAGUGUUUCGGCUGGCAUUCUUAUCUACUGGUAUCGACAAGGAGACCUCGAGCCUAAAUUUAGGAAUCUAAUUUACUAUAUAUUGUUUUCAAUUAUUAUGUUAUGUAUAUGUGCCAAUCUCUACUUCCAUGAAGUGGGGAAAUGACUGACAUAUAGAGCGUUAUCCGUGAAUGCAUAAAGUUGUUCCACGGCUCCAGCGUGGGACGUACUCUCAGGAUGGCAAACUGACGCCCCAUGGAGAAGGCUUCAUCGGUGCGAAUGUCAGAUGGGUACUUGAGUUUUCAUGCAGAUGUAUAUUUGAGUGGUCCUUCCUUGUGGUGGGGCGAGCGGUUGACAUAUGGCAUGACAUCUCUGCUUCUUUGGGGGAAAGACUUUCUAGUGCACUUAACAUUCCAACCCGUACACUUAAGUUUUUCAGAAUGGCACAAGCUUUUUUCCUUUUGGGGGAAAAAAAAAUUGCAUUUUUUUUA